CGGCAGGUCUGCGGAGUCCCCGGAUACGAAAAUUAGACUGUACAGUAUACGUGCCUUGAGAUGAGCUCUCUCACUCGUCACUACUGACUGCCAUUCUGCGCCGCAGUACUUGACGAUUGCCAUCCAGAUUGCCAUCACUGAAAUCUAGAAUUGUUUGAUAUCAACCCGUAGAAUGGAAUGGAUCGUAGUUGUUGGUGUUGCGAUACUCUCUCUGGUUGUGGUUUGGAUUCUCGUCUUUCAGAAGGAUUCGAAUCGCAGGAAACCUAGUGAAAGCACUAGAAACGUUCAGAAGGCGAGAUUGGCGUUUUAUUCGUCUCGAGCUGGUUUAGUUGCUGUCAGUCAUGAUCACGAUCAGUCUGUAUCAUCUGUAAGCACUGCAACUGAUGGUCAGGCCUCAGAUGAUAUUCUUGCUGCAAUGGCAGAGCCUUCGUCCACUCGUAGUCGAAAGAGAAUGCUGGACAGUGUCCCUAUUGAUCAGAACAACACUACCAAUGACAUAUCAACAUCUCAUGUGACAGAGAAAAAGACACAAGAAUUUCACUGUCAUGUGACGUACUCUCCUUUAUCUUUUCAAUAUCUAGAUCCUAAAACUGAAACUCCAGUUUCUCGGCCUCUUAAAUCACUAGAUGAGAUUUUGUCAUGGCGAUCAUUUACUGACCCAUUUUGUGAGCCUAUCAUUAGUUUACAAGGUCGGGUCCCCAAUGUCAGCAGUCAUCAUCGUCUCAUGGUUUGUCAUGACAUGAUGGGAGGAUACCACUCUGACAAGUAUGUUCAAGGAUCUCCGAGCGAUAUCAACUAUCACAUCUAUCAUUGGCACUUGAUUUCAUCAUUUAUAUAUUUCAGCCAUCAUUUGGUCACUAUUCCACCUCCUGGAUGGACAAAUGCUGCUCAUAUGAAUGGGGUACCAGUUUUAGGGACAUUCAUCACUGAAUGGGAUGAUGGUGCUGUGAGAUGUCAGAAACUGUUAGAGUCUGAGGCAACAUACAGGCGAGUAGCUGACCAGCUAGUUGCCAUAGCAUUGUAUUACAAACUGGAGGGAUGGCUUGUUAAUAUUGAAAACAAUAUUUUGUCAGACAAUGUGAUGAGAUUGAGAGAUUUCUUGUUGUAUCUCACGGAUAGAAUGCAUGAUUGCAUUGCCAAUUCUCAGGUGAUUUGGUAUGACAGUGUGAUCAAUACAGGAGAGCUAAAGUGGCAAAAUGAGCUCAACAAAAUGAACUACUUGUUUUUCACUGCAUGUGAUGGCAUCUUCUUGAACUACACAUGGUCGGACCUCACUCUUGCUAACUCGUCACAGAAAGCUGGAAGACGUAGAAACGACGUUUUUGUUGGAAUUGAUGUGUUUGGACGUGGCUGCCCAGGUGGAGGAGGAUAUAACAGCAAAGAGGCCUUGGCUAAAAUCAAAACACAUAAUCUUUCUGCUGCUCUGUUUGCUCCUGGUUGGGUGUUUGAAACACAAGACAAAGAAAAAUUUCCACAACUUCAAGACAAAUUUUUUGAGCUGUUGCAACCUUACUGUACACAAAGUUACUGCCUUACCAAUCUCCCUCUUGCAACUAAUUUCUGUCGUGGAGUUGGACGAAGGCUCUUUAUCAGUGGCAAGGAAGUGUGGUCAUCACCAUGGAUGAAUUUAAGUGCCUGUGACCCACAGCCAACUUCAGUUAAGGAUUGUUACAUGCUAGGCAAUGCAAGCAAUUUAGCUGUACACGAUGUGAAUGUGACAACAAAGGAAGCAUACGAUGGCUCCCAUUGUUUUCAAGUUACUGGAUCUAUCAAAUCAGAUGAAAGUACUCGACUUAUUGUAAGAUUGUUUAAGUGUCAGAUAUCUGUCAAGUCUCCAGUUGUUGCAUCUUACAUGCUUAAGUCAUCUCCGUUAGAACUUGUUGAUAUCAGUGUUGUGUUGCAUAUUGACAAGUCUCCAACAUAUCUUGUCCUCACAAGCAACUCACACCCAAUCUCAACAUUGCAGUCAGCAGAUCACAAAGAUGAUGAACUGAAUGAAAAGCUUGUGUCUCGUUUCAAUGUGAGACAUUCCAAAACAACAAAUGCUGAACGGUUUAGAAAGGGUAUGGGUUCUCUUUAUUAUGAGGCUUUUUGCCCAUUAGAAGGUGAAGAUGAUGAGAGAAUAAGACAGCUGGAAGGAGAAGCAAUAGGAACAGACUGGGUUACAAGCGUUGUGCUUAGGCAUUAUGUGCUGACUGGUAAACACCUCCAAUCAUAUGAAAUUAAAGAAAUACGACUGGUUUGCCUUUCUGGAGCAAAAGCAGAUGACACUUUGAGGCAGUUCAGUUUUCAACUUGGGAACAUCAAGUUGAGUGAUAUAGCAAGUUUAAAGUUGCCACAUGUCAUUGUCUCUAAUCUCCAUUUUCGAGACAUUGUCUGGCAUAGAAACAGUGGUGACGAAAGUAAGUUAUUAGUUAGCCUCUCUAUACUAUGGGAUAAAUCACCAACUCCAAAGGCAAGGCAUUUCGACCUGUGGAUGUCAACUGAUUCUACUUCACAUCAAUUCAUUGGUCGAGCAUACACUAACAUAUUCAGAGUCACACGUUUAUCAGUACUGCCUCGUGAUCAUGUGAUAUUUACUGUACAGCCUAUGAGCAUGGCACAGUUCAAGCCAGCCCUUAAAGAUUGCUCAUCUCUGAAACUGACAUGGACUCAAUAA